AUGCAGCAGAGAUUAAUGGAUUUUUGGUUUGUUUUUGUUUUGUUUUUUUUCUCUGUAGAAAUGGAUCUACUAACUGCAGUUAUCUUCCUGGCUGCUUUGUUACACCAGACUAAUGGACAGGGUUUUCAGUAUAAACAAGUGGACAUUUCCUCUCCUCAAUAUAAGUUGCAAAACCAAAAGCAGAUCCUUGACCUGCACAAUGAGAUACGGAGAUCUGUAGUUCCCACCGCCAGCAACAUGCUGAAGAUGGUGUGGAGUGAGAAAGCUGCCAAAAAUGCUGAGAAAUGGGCAAAAAAUUGUGGGAUGAAAAUCAGUCCAAGAGAUCAGAGAGUCAUUAAUGGUGUCACCUGCGGUGAGAAUGUGUUACUGUCAUCCAACCCAAAAACAUGGGCUGAAGCAAUUCAAGUCUGGCGCAGUCAGUCCUCCAAUUUCAAGUACGGAUUUGGAGCAACUGCGAAAAAUGUCAAUAUUGAGAACUAUACUCAGCUAAUCUGGUACAACAGUUACCAGAUUGGAUGUGCAGUCGCCUACUGUCCUAAGAAACAGUUCAAGUACUUCUAUGUUUGCCAAUACUGCCCUUCAGGAAAUAGGGCAUCGCAAAUAGCCACACCUUACAAAAGUGGACCGAAAUGUGCAGACUGUCCCGGCCACUGCGACAAAGGGCUUUGCACCAAUCCUUGCAAGUAUCAAGAUUUAGCUGAAAACUGCGGGAACCUGAAAAGCUUGUUUGGCUGUGGCCACCCACAGAUGAAGAAGAAUUGUCCUGCUACCUGCACAUGCACCACUCAAAUCAUGUAACGUCCCGGUGGAUGUCAUUAUAGCUGCUCUGAGACUUAGUAGGAAAGAGUAGAACUCACUGUUAAGUGUAUUCGCUUUCAGUGCAGCAGCUCAGAUUGACCUAUAGGUAACAUUUAUUUCUGAGAUCUCACCAUUACUCAUCUUUGUAAAAAUCAUGCUUAACCUACUAAUGUGUUAUUUUGUGGGUUUUUUUUCUUGCGGUGGAUCUUCUACUGAUGCAUUUCUUUUUAAUGGGAGAAACACUUUUAACACACUUUAGUUUUUUUGCAAAAUGUGUUAAAUGCCACUUAACUUUCUUCUGUUACUUUUUCUUUGAUUGUCAAUGGAAUGUAUUCCUGCUAAAUAAAU